AUGGAAGUGGCAGGGAAGGCCCAACCAAAUGGUUCCGGUGCACAGCCGAACCAUAGUGCGAUACGGAGACGCACACCUGGAUCUACAGAAGAGCAAAAGCACCUGACGUGGGAUGAGGAGGCAAUUGCCGAACACGAUUUGGAGCGUGGGACCCGCAUGAAAAUCGAUGAGCCGCCUACCCCGUAUCACCGGCGAGGAUCGGAAGUCGAAUGCGAUGAUGAACAAGAUUCGCUACCGCCAAGCGAAGCUGUUUCCGCUGCAACCCUUCAGGCGUGCCUCGAACAUUUAGAGGUGAACGAAGAAGGGCAGGCGUUAAACGAGGAAGAACUUGAAGAAAAACGGCGCCACGAGUUUGAAGAGAAGCGGAAAGAACACUAUUGUGAAUUCCAACGCGUUAAGCUCAUGCGAGAAGCAUUCAACGAGGAAGAGGAGACGUGA